UGGAAACAUUUUUGUGGAAUUAUUUCAACAAUCCACCUGGGCUCGACUCUGUGCUUUUCUUUGCCAACCUAAGACCAGAGGAGAAGACCUGAGUCGGAGUGAGUCUGUGGAGGGGGGUCUGAUCACUGCCUGCCCGCUUCUCUUUAAUGCACUUUAAUCUAGCCACUAGUUCAGAGAUUAACAAGUAAUUUUAGAAAGCCCUUCCCCCUCAUCCUCUGGUACUUCCUUCUUCAAUCCCAAGGGCCGUUUCCUCAGAAUUUGAAAACCAUUACCUAAGCAAUAACAGCAGAAUUAGACAAAACCGACACUUUCUCAGUUUUCAAGGGUCAGGUGCAGCCGCAAAUAGCAGCACGAGAUUUUCAAUUUCUAGCAAGCAGCUGGGAGGACCUUUCAGCCCCUAGGCCCCCGAAGGGAGGGAGGCGGUUUCCAAGGCAACCGGGCCCGGAGCGGUAGCCUCCCCAGGCUCCCUCCUCCUCCUCCCGGUAGCCCAGGGUACCGCCGGACAGCGUCCUCCCGUGCUCCGCGCGCUGAUUGGCCGCACAGGCCGCGCGCUGAUUGGCUGCGGCGAGGCCUCGCGGGCCGGUGGCAAUGGAGGCGGCGGCGGUUGAUGGUUGACCGUUGGCUCCGGGGUAGGGGUCGCCUCUCGGGCGAUCGGCUCAGAGCCGACCGGAGCGCGCGGGCUGCUGACGCUCGGCCUGGAGCCGUCGGGCCAGACCUAGCUGGGUUCCGCCAUGCCGGCCGGCAGUAACGAGCCGGACGGCGUCCUCAGCUAUCAGAGACCAGAUGAAGAGGCUGUGGUGGAUCAGGGUGGGACCAGUACAAUUCUCAACAUUCACUAUGAGAAAGAGGAGUUGGAAGGUCAUAGAACUCUGUAUGUGGGCGUUCGGAUGCCGCUGGGUCGGCAGAGCCAUCGCCAUCACCGAACGCAUGGCCAGAAGCACCGGAGGCGAGGGCGGGGCAAAGGAGCCAGCCAGGGGGAAGAAGGCCCAGAGGCCCUGGCCCACGACACACCAUCUCAGCGUGUUCAGUUCAUUCUUGGCACUGAGGAAGAUGAAGAGCACGUGCCUCAUGAGCUGUUCACAGAGCUGGAUGAGAUCUGUAUGAAAGAGGGAGAAGAUGCUGAGUGGAAGGAGACAGCUAGGUGGCUGAAGUUCGAAGAGGACGUGGAGGAUGGGGGUGAACGCUGGAGCAAACCUUAUGUGGCAACCCUUUCGCUGCACAGUCUCUUUGAGCUAAGGAGCUGCCUUAUUAAUGGAACAGUCCUUCUGGAUAUGCGGGCAAAUAGCAUAGAAGAAAUUUCAGACCUGAUCCUGGACCAGCAAGAACUGUUCAGUGACCUGAAUGACAGCAUGAGGGUUAAAGUACGAGAAGCCCUGCUCAAAAAGCAUCACCAUCAGAACGAAAAAAAGAGAAAUAACCUCAUUCCCAUUGUUCGCUCCUUUGCUGAGGUUGGCAAGAAGCAGUCCGAUCCACAUUCGAUGGAUAAAAACGGUCAAACUGUGUCUCCUCAGUCUGUUCCCACUACAAGUCUUGAAGUAAAAAAUGGAGUGAAUUGUGAACACAGCCCUGUGGAUUUAACCAAGGUGGAUCUUCAUUUCAUGAAAAAAAUUCCCACUGGGGCAGAGGCCUCAAAUGUCCUGGUGGGAGAGGUGGAUACUCUGGACCGCCCCAUUGUUGCCUUUGUAAGGCUGUCUCCAGCUGUUCUUCUCUCGGGCCUGACCGAAGUGCCCAUCCCAACAAGAUUUUUGUUUAUCCUAUUGGGUCCAGUAGGGAAAGGUCAGCAGUACCAUGAGAUUGGCAGAUCCAUGGCUACCAUCAUGACAGAUGAGAUUUUUCAUGAUGUGGCAUAUAAGGCGAAAGAGCGAGAUGAUCUCCUGGCAGGGAUUGAUGAGUUCCUGGAUCAGGUCACUGUGCUGCCUCCAGGAGAGUGGGACCCCUCCAUUAGAAUUGAGCCACCCAAAAACGUCCCUUCCCAGGAGAAAAGGAAAAUGCCUGGAGUUCCAAAUGGAAAUGUUUGCCACAUAGAAGCCGAACCACAUGGGGGCCACAGCGGGCCAGAACUCCAGCGCACCGGGCGGCUAUUUGGGGGCUUGGUUUUGGACAUCAAGCGGAAGGCCCCCUGGUACUGGAGCGACUACCGGGAUGCGCUCAGCUUACAGUGUUUGGCCUCCUUUCUGUUCCUGUACUGUGCCUGCAUGUCACCUGUCAUCACCUUUGGGGGAUUGCUCGGAGAAGCCACUGAGGGACGCAUAAGUGCAAUUGAAUCCUUGUUUGGAGCCUCCAUGACUGGGAUUGCCUAUUCCUUGUUUGCGGGACAGGCUCUCACCAUCCUGGGAAGUACGGGGCCAGUGCUUGUAUUUGAAAAGAUUUUGUUCAAAUUCUGCAAAGACUACGCUCUUUCAUACCUCUCCCUGCGAGCUUGUAUCGGACUGUGGACCGCCUUCCUGUGUAUUGUCCUUGUGGCUACUGACGCCAGUUCCCUUGUCUGUUACAUUACCCGCUUCACGGAAGAAGCGUUUGCCUCCCUGAUUUGCAUUAUUUUCAUCUACGAAGCCAUAGAAAAGCUGAUUCACCUGGCCGAGACCUACCCCAUCCACAUGCACAGCCAGCUGGACCACCUGAGCCUGUAUUACUGCAGGUGUACUGUCCCAGAAAGUCCCAGCAACCACACCCUACAGUACUGGAAGGACCACGAUAUCGCGCCCACAGAAGUGCACUGGGCCAACCUGACUGUUAGUGUAAGUCUGGGAGCUGCGUUACGGCACCGUGACUGCCAGGAAUGCCAGGAGAUGCAUGGAGAGUUCACGGGAUCUGCGUGCGGCCACCAUGGACCCUAUACCCCUGACGUGCUCUUUUGGUCCUGCAUUCUCUUCUUCACCACCUUCAUCCUCUCGAGCACCUUAAAGACGUUUAAGACAAGCCGCUAUUUCCCAACCAGAGUACGCUCCAUGGUGAGUGACUUUGCUGUCUUCCUCACUAUCUUCACAAUGGUGAUCAUUGACUUUUUGAUUGGAGUCCCAUCACCAAAACUUCAAGUUCCCAGUGUGUUCAAGCCAACAAGGGAUGAUCGAGGGUGGAUUAUUAGUCCCAUUGGCCCCAAUCCCUGGUGGACUGUGAUAGCUGCAAUUAUCCCGGCUCUUCUCUGCACUAUCUUAAUAUUCAUGGACCAGCAGAUCACAGCUGUCAUCAUUAACAGGAAGGAACACAAGCUCAAGAAAGGCUGUGGCUACCACCUGGACCUGCUGAUGGUGGCCAUCAUGCUGGGUGUCUGCUCCAUCAUGGGCCUGCCCUGGUUUGUGGCUGCAACUGUCCUGUCCAUCACACACGUGAACAGCCUCAAACUAGAAUCUGAGUGCUCCGCUCCUGGAGAACAACCCAAGUUCUUGGGCAUCCGAGAACAGAGAGUGACAGGCCUUAUGAUCUUUGUGCUGAUGGGCUGCUCUGUCUUCAUGACGGCCAUAUUAAAGUUUAUCCCGAUGCCAGUCCUCUAUGGAGUUUUCCUCUACAUGGGAGUGUCCUCACUACAAGGAAUUCAGUUCUUUGACCGUCUGAAGCUCUUCGGGAUGCCAGCAAAGCACCAGCCGGAUUUUAUCUACCUUCGGCACGUGCCCCUGCGCAAAGUGCAUCUCUUCACCCUCAUCCAGCUCACCUGCCUUGUCCUGCUCUGGGCCAUCAAGGCAUCUCCAGCUGCCAUUGUCUUUCCCAUGAUGGUUUUGGCGUUGGUCUUUGUCAGGAAAGUCAUGGAUCUCUGUUUCUCUAAACGAGAGCUGAGCUGGUUAGAUGACCUCAUGCCUGAAAGUAAAAAGAAGAAGUUGGAUGAUGCCAAAAAGAAGGCCAAGGAGGAAGAGGAGGCUGAGAAAAUGUUAGAAAUGGGGGGAGACAAGUUCCCCUUAGAGAGCAGGAAGUUACUAAGUAGUCCUGGAAAGAACAACAGUUUCAGGUGUGACCCCUCUGAGAUUAAUAUAUCUGAUGAAAUGCCUAAAACUACAGUCUGGAAAGCUCUCAGUAUGAACUCUGGAAAUACAAAGGAAAAGAGUCUCUUCAACUGAAAGUCUUUGCUGGGAAGGAAGAUUUGGGCCAUGAGGUGCCUCAGGGAAGUUCUGGUUACAGAGAAGAUGGUGAGUCUCUCAGAGAAGAAGGAAGACCCAGUCUGGCGCUGUCCGUGGUCCUGUCAAAGCCAUGCCGAAGCACGCAGUUAUCCGUGCUGGGCAUUGGAGGGCAGCCAGCCAUCCCCACACCAGCAGCCAGUCACCAGAUGUGAACGUGGGAGCAGAAGACCACGUCCUGUUGGUACUUCUCUUCUCCCUUUCUCUUUCUCGUCAGAACUGCCACCCGUGAAGACCCAGCUUCCCAUCUUCCAGACAUUUUCUCUGAAACUCUCUGCCGGCCUGCAGAGCCAUAUGGAUCCAUUCUCCCACCGAGGAUUCCCUCAAUGAGCUCCCUCGUCCUAAAAGAGGGGGCGGGGGAGUAGGAGGAGAGCAGAGAGAAAAGGGAAGGCUCUCCAGUCCCGUAGAAUCCACAGGCUCCGAGGCAGUCCUGGGCCUUGGUUUGAUGCCUCCUCUGGGGGAGGCUGGUCAGACCCAGAGGCUGUCAGGAGGGACUGCCACUAGGACGGUCAGUGACUGACCUGGGCAUCGGCAGGGCCUACCACUGAGGCCAGAAGAGGCCUCUGCCCCAGGCGUGUCUGUAUCGCUCCCUGGCAGCAGCCUGCCUAACCCGGCAAGAACCUUGGAUGAUGAAAGGGCCACAAGGGACACUGGCGUUGUUUAGCUCAGACAGGAAAAAGCUCGGGGGAAAAUCAGGAAUGAUAAGUGAGGACGAGCAGCGUCUCUUGGUUUCGUUGAGGGUGGACUAAGGGAAUGAGCUUCAGUUGCUACGGAAGGAGUUGGUUUAGACACCAGGAAGGGCUUCCUCGCCUGAAGAUUGGUCAGAGUGUCUGCUUUCUAGACACCUGGGAAAUGUUCGAUAGUAGUCGUUUGUGAGUAGAGAGGGAGAUAAGGUGUUUUUAUCGGCCAUGCUGUGGAAACAUCCAUGUUUUGCUGCUGUCUCUUGAGGAUACAUUCUGAUUCCACUCCAGGAGAGAUCCAAGUGCUUACGUAAUGUCUCCUUAGCUGCCUUAGUAGCGAACCAUCGUCAACUCAAUGGACCCACACCACCUCCAGCCAUGUGGUUUUUUCAUCAUCAUGAAUUUCUUUGGUUGACAAAUGUUUUGGCUCUCAGAGGUAAAAAGCCACACUGGGAAAUGAACCGCAAGUGGUGAAAUUAAUUUUGGUAUUUAGUUGAAAACGAUAUUUAUAGUUUUUCUCUUCUCUUCUCAGUUGUGAUGACUAGCAGGGGUUUGGGCUCCAGUGUGUGGAGGUCUUCCCUUGUUUUGUGCACAGAAUGUGACCAGUAAGCAUGUCGGUACCCAGGGAAUUCGAUCACAUCAGUUUUCCGCCCCAGAAAAUCUUUGUACAGUGGGAUGUUCCUACGGGUUGCUCUCCUUUCUUUUCAUAGGUGAAGAGUUGGUCACAAAACUUUGUUGAAUUUUGCAUUCCUUUGACUUUUAGAAUAUAUCAGUGUAGUCUAGUCUUACUCUGAGGACUUUUGAAAUUGAAGGAAUCCUGCGUCUCUUUAACAUCUCCCCACCCCCUAGAACCACACCGAAUCCUGAGUCUCUUUAACAUCUCCCCAUCCCUAGAACCACACCGAAUCCUGCGUCUCUUUAACAUCUCCCCAUCCCUAGAACCACACCGAAUCCUGAGUCUCUUUAACAUCUCCCCACCCCUAGAACCACACCUAUUAGUACACAGAUGAUUUUCAGAAUAUUGAGCAACUGGUACAGGAUGGACGCCAACCACUCAGAACGGAUGCCGACUGUAAACAGGCAGGUGGGCGCGGCCAUGCCGCUGCCUCUCGGCCGAAUGCCAUGCUGCUUUCAAAAGUUAAAACGACAUCCCUUUGAAUUGUGGGUAUUGCUCCUGGUUUGAUUUCCGCUCACAAGGCUGUUUUAGGGACAGCCUUGGCUUCCCUUCAUAUGGUGCAGACAGGAACAGGCAUGCAUCUUUGAACUCUAUGGGCAUUACAAUCUUUGCGAGCCAAAGCUUCACGUUUUAUCACUUUAGGAGAAAUGUAAUGAUUGUACGCAUUUACCUACCUAAUGUAGAAAAAUCAGAAGGCAACCUGUCAAUGGGAAAAGCUUUCCUGCUGACUUGCCGUGUCUCUCUCUGGCUGCUUCUUUGAGCUUAUCUCUUUCUUCGUCUUCCUUGUUCCCUGAGAACACUCUCACUUUCCUCCUCCAUCCUGCCCCUCCUAUCUUUUCCUGCCACCUCUGUGGAGGAAGGUUGGUGACUGUUUCUCCUGUUCCCCUAGUUUCCACACAGCUGUAAGGGAUGUGGCAGAGAAAAGCCUAUCAUACAACAAGUUAGGUGACAAUAUCACUCAGAAAAAUCUCUGUCCUAAUUAUCGAUCUCUCUUGAUGCCCUGUGUAUGCUAGGCCUCUCGAGAGCAGGAAACCUGUCUUUGUUAACUGUGCGCAGCGCAGUCACAGGACCAUGCGUGUACUUCCAGGUCCUUCCAGAGCCAGACCCUCCCAAGUUCCUGCACCUUAGGAAUGUUAGUUACUUUGGAAGCCGUGCCAAUCCUUUUAAGCCAUUACAUCUUUCUCAGAUUAAUAGCCGGCCUCAUUUCUGCUGCAUCUCAAUGGUAGAAACCAUUCCCUACCCUUAUGGUCUCUCUUUUCCCAACUCCCACCAAACACUCAACCCCAGUCCUACCCGAAUGCUACCUCGCUCACGUCUGUGGCUGGUGGCCGUGGUGGCAGAGCCAAGCUAGGCAGUGUUUGGGGUAGGGAACUAGGAGUGGAGGCGAAUAUGUCCGGGGGGGUGUGUGUGGGUGUGUGUGUGCAUGUGUACUUUCACUGACAAAUGCAAGUGGGUCCAUGAGAUGUCCUUGCUGCUAUUAAAUAGUUUGUGUACCUAAGUUGGGGGGACAUAAAAAAAUAUCAUUCUCCUCUCUUGGGUUUCUCAGAGUUCUCUGACAGAAUAGCUUGAUGACGAAUAUAGGCAGAUUAGUCUAUAGGAAAAGCUGUUUAAACUCAGUGUUGAGGAGAAACUGACUUUGGGGUAGAGGCAAGGCAGAUAGUUCACUUGGGCCUGAGAAGCAGUCUGCCUCUUUUAUGACAGGGGGGAUUUCAGGAAUGGUUGGAGUGUUGGUGGGCCCGUGCCCUGAUGGGCUGGCUGUGUCGAGGUGGGAAGGGAGGGAGGUCACGGGCUUAAGAAAGUGAUGGUAGGUGAAAUCUUGGUUCUAGUGGUAAGAACGGGUGUUGCAGGGUUACUUCCUAGCUCAUGACUUUGAGGGGAAGUGUUGAGCUAGAGAGAAGGGGAAGACCAGCCAUAUGCCGUGAACUUGCCAGAUCUGUUGGGUUGCAUAAAACGCAGGCUAACUCUUUGUGACUAUGUAUGAUUUCUAACUUCUGAUGAUGGGAUCAUCAGGAGAUCUGGUCUUUACGCAUACAGCUCUUGUCCCCACCUCCUUAGUCAUAUACACUUGCCUUUGGGAUAGACAGGUAGUGAACAAUUUAUUCCAAAAGAUGGUGUGAAUAGUUGCUCUUUCUCUUUGUCUGGGAUGUGACUGGCUUUUAAAGUAGUCAUAAAUGUUUGAUAAAAAUCUGAUAAAUGCUAAGUCUCAGGUGGGGUUGACAUCUAAGGCUAUGACAACUGUGACCUUUAAGAGGUCUCUGAUUUUAGGAAUAUGUGCUUUCUGGUCAUCCCGAAAAGACAAUGCCCAGUUUUACUUAAUUUUCUCCUUACUCAGCUCUCUAGACUUCCGUCUCAGGAGAAGAAUCAGCAGUUCUGUCUGCAUCUUCUCUAUCGACUUCACUGUCCAUGUUCUGAGUCUCUCAGUUUUCCUGAAGCCUAGGAGAAGGUGUGACCCCAAGGCCCCCAGCUUCCCUUUAACCGGCAUCAGAAGUCCCAUCCACUCUGUUCUCUCUGCUACUACAACAGCUUCUCUAAAUUUCUCCUUCCGCUCCUCCUCCUAGGACUUUAAAGCAGUCUUUCUAGUUUGUCACUGCAUUUUCCUCGGACUUCUCUGGUUUCCAAGCCACAUCCCGGCAGGACAUUCAGGAACCCCGCACUGAAUGUUCUCAGCCUUCCUGACUUUCUUUUGGUUGCAGCUGUCAGGGCUCCAUGAUGCAAAAAUCCUUCCUGCGGGCCCCGACCGGCCAAAUGAGACAUCCUCCAAGUUCCACCCCUUUUACUGACUCAGCUUCCUCCAGCAGCCUUUCUUCUCCUUUCUGCCUGGUCUUUCAAGUUCUCCUUGGAGGGCUGACAUUCUUGGUCAAGGGUCCUCAAAACCACCCCCAGUUGGGGGUGGUGAGAGAGGUGAGGAGGUUGGACGGUUCUGGGGUCCUCAGAAAGGGGACUCUAUGGUUAUUUUCCUUACUUGGUGUGAGGGACUAGGGAUUCUCAAGCCCUCAAGCUCAACCAUAUUUCAGGGUAAACAGGGAAAGACACCCCAAAUUGAAGUGGUUUUUCUACCAGAUCUAUUAUUUUCAAUUCUUGGUGCCCUUGUUCUCAUACCUUAAUCAUAAAGAAUGGGCAGUUGACUAGGUUAACACUUCUUUACCAGAAAGGAGGCUAAUUUUCAUAAGCAAAAGAGGUGUGAAGGAACCGUAUCACUGCAGGAGGCAUGAGAAGAGGAGAGGAGCGUUAUGUGGAUCUCUUCAACAGGAAAAGUCAGAAAGUGGAAUGAUUCAUCCACAGGCACAAUUCCUUUAGGAGGUUCUGUGCUCAAAGGGAAUAAAUAGUUUCUGAUCCUUCCGAAAAGAAAAGGAAUAGCAUUUUUCUCAAACCUGACCACUUUCAGCACUGGAGAACACAGAACUUCUUCUUCUAGCUGAUGGCAUUAAUAUUUCCUGAGAAAGAGAGACCCCCUCCCGCGGCACUCUUCCGAGGCCCGCAGGCAUCAGCAGAGCCGGGGCUUCUCUUAGCGGGUUCGCGAAUGACUCCAGCAGGCAGGUUCUCACACACGCAACAAUGUUGGGAACAGAAGUACCACACUGAAUGUGCAAUUACUCCUUUUGCAAAAGAGGCCAAAAUCCUCCUCCCCACUCCCUUCUCCCAUAUUCACUCCUCCAAGAUGAUAAGCCUCCCUCGUGUGUAUCUGUGUCUGUCUGUGUGAUUGGUUAGCUAUGGCUGCCCGAAGCUAACGGCGUCCGGUGGAGAGCAGAGCACCCUUCCCACGGAGGGGACAGCUUGAGGUGCUGGUACAUUUCCUGGUUUUCUAUGUUCUUCUUUCUAGUAGGUCUCAUGUAGAGAUAGAGAUAUUUUUGUUUUAGAGAUUCCAAAAUAUAUAUUUUUAGUGUAAGAAAUGGACCCUCUCCACACUCCACGGUGUAAAUAGAACCGAGAACAAAUGUGUUGUUGUGAUAACCCCAUAGCAAUCUGUGGUAGGAAUAGGACCCUCUCCCUUGCCACCAAGUCUCACGGUCUGCGUCUGUGACCCAGGGGAGGUGACCGCGACACCUCUGUCUGCCCAGACCUUCCUGUGCUCAAUGGGUGGAAAAUAAAGUCUGUGUAAACUGUUCACACCUGUGGUAUUU